AUGCAGAGUUUGGGUGGCACAUUGGCCCGUAUGGCCCUACGUCCAUCAUUGGCGCAUCGCGCAUCCAAACUUGUCCCCACUUUGAUCCGUACGCAACGAAUGUGUUCAUCCAACGUUAUAUUCGAUGUGGAGACCGUUGAUGAUUUCACCGACAAGGUUGUGAAUUCGCCGGCUCCCGUAAUUGUGGACUUCCACGCGGAUUGGUGUGGCCCUUGCAGAGUGCUCGGACCUCGACUUGAGGAAAAGGUGGUCGGUCGAAGCGGUGCUAUAUUGAUGGCAAAGAUCAAUGUGGAUUUUGCUGGCGAGCUGGCGACAGAUUAUGGUAUAACUGCAGUUCCUACAGUGAUGUCGUUCAAAAACGGUGAACGUGUAGGAAUGUUCACAGGAGUCGUAGAUGACGAUCAAAUCGAUGAUUUCAUUGACGAUGCCAUUAACCAUUAG